AUGGGGAUCGUUUCUCAGGAAGCGAUUAAGCAGUUCCAAGCUUUGAUGGAUCAAGUUGAUGAGCCACUCAAGAGAACAUUUCAGAAUGUUCAUCAAGGAUAUCCUCUUGAGACUUUCGGCCGUUUUCUCAAAGCAAGAGAGUGGAAUGUCGCCAAAGCCCAUAAAAUGUUGGUAGAUUGUUUAAAUUGGAGGGUACAAAAUGAGAUUGACAAUAUAUUGGCCAAACCGAUUGUUCCAACUGAAUUAUACCGGUCAGUACGAGAUUCACAGCUCAUAGGUCUUUCGGGUUACUCAAGAGAGGGUUUGCCAGUCUUUGCCAUUGGUGUUGGGCUAAGUACAUUUGACAAAGCAUCUGUUCACUACUAUGUGCAGUCACACAUUCAAAUUAAUGAAUAUCGAGAUCGUAUAAUUUUGCCCUCUGCAUCGAGGAAGUAUGGUAAGCCUAUUAUCACCUGCGUGAAGGUUUUAGAUAUGACUGGUUUGAAGCUCUCAGCACUAAGCCAAAUUAAGUUAUUGACAAUUAUAUCAACAAUUGAUGAUUUGAACUACCCGGAGAAGACAAAUACAUACUACAUUGUAAAUGCCCCAUAUAUAUUCUCAGCUUGUUGGAAGGUUGUCAAGCCCCUUUUGCAGGAGAGGACAAGGAAAAAAGUGCAGGUGUUGUCUGGUUGUGGUAGGGAUGAACUGUUGAAGAUAAUGGAUUAUGGAUCUCUUCCACAUUUUUGUAAAAGAGAAGGUUCGGGAUCAUCUCGGCAUUCACAGAAUGGAGCUGAAAAUUGCUUCUCCUUGGACCACCACUUUCAUCAACAGCUCUACAACUACAUCAAGCAGCAAUCUUUGAUCAAGGAACCUGUUCACCCAAUGAAGCAGGGUUCUUUUCAUGUGGAUGUACCUGAGCCAGCUGCAGAAGGAACACAGAUUGCUAAAACGAUAGAAUCUGAGUUUAACAAGUUUGGUAAUGGGAAUGGGCUCUCUGACUCUCUAGAUGACCUCAAAAUCAAUGGUGACUGA